UUGUGCUGUUUGUACUAUGCAUUAUAUCACAGUUGUUGCAGUUUGUUACUAAAGAUACAAACCUGCAUGGUCUAGAAAGAAAACAAAUGUUUGGUGUGUUUUCUUUGGCAGGCACCGUGUCUUCCUCUUUACAGUGUAUAUUUUUAGAUGGUUAGUUUUCUUUCUGUUUCUUGUCAGCUGGUAUUCAAAGAAAAGAAGAAAAAAAAUCUACUAAAAUGUUUCUGAAUAAAAAAAACAGAUUUCUUAAAACUGUAUUAGAACAUUUGAAAUCUGAGCAUUUAAAGCAGUAAAAUACCAAUAAUAAAGCCUUUAUAAACUCUCUGUAAGCUUUAUAGUCCACUAUACAAAUAUGGCACAGAAUUAAUGUGAGAAGGUCUGUUAAUAUUACCAAGUUUUACUAGUGUUACCGGACCAUCAGAGAAUCGUGGAAGUGGCCUCUGGGCCAAGGAGUUGGGGGAAGGAAACUGGGUCUCUUAAUACGCACAUGGGCGUGUGACAUAGCAGUGAAAGAGCACUUCCCAAAUUAAACCACUCGCCACCCCACCCCAGUUACUCCCCCCACCAUUUUUAAUUCACUGGUCUGCUUCACUUAUAUAAGCCUCUGGCCUGCCUUAAGACUGUAGCGAGAUGUCCAGUGACACCUUCUGAAUAAGCUGUAGUUAGAGUGAAUGUCUCCCUACAGGAGAAAGCCAGAACAGAGUCACCUUCUGACUUCAUCACCCCUCUGUCCGUCCAAGAGCAUGUUCUGGUCCACAUGCAGAUUACUGGCCAGAUAACUGCUGGAACAUGAAGACGAGGAGCGAGGCGAAUGAUGUAAUGGUUCUGCGGCCCGGGAGAAAAGCCCUCUUUUGUCGCGCCCCUGCAAUGGUGUGAAAGAAAGCCCCCCGCUCCCCCACCCCUGGCAUACCCCCAAAACACAGGCCAGCCGCCUCCCCCCUGCCUGCACACUGGAAGUGGGCUGAAGUGGAUGCACUGUUUGGCACAGACACCCCAUUACGGCAUCCGUACCCUUUCAGGCACACACACACAUACAGCAGUGAGGACAGAGCCUCAUCACACACUUCAUUACUACACACCUUACCAUGUUACCACAUACACUGUGUUGACAAACACACACACACACACUCACACACACGUGCAAAUAUAGUGAACAGUGUCCACACUUCAGUAUUUUUUUUUUUCUUAUUUAGGACUACUCUCUAUUUUUUCACUCUCACUUACUUGCUUUUUUUGGGGGGCCGGGCAUUGGGCCCACCAGCCGAACGCCACAUAGGUGACAUCAUCGCCUGCUUCCACAAUGGGGUCGUUCUUCUCCUGAGGGCCCUCUCUGACUGGCUGCGUCACUGCUCCGGACCUCCAGGCCCACGGAACCGGUAGGAAGUAGGAGGAGGUACAGAGUGGGAACCAGUGAGUGGGAAAGGGAGAUAGAGGGAGGUGGUGGUAGAUAUGGCAGAGCCUGCCGGCGAGGUCGCCCUGGCCUCAGUCAGAGUCAUUGGGCCAGAAGGCCUGGUGGCCCUGCUGGAGGGCGGACUGGACUGUGUGCUGCUGAUUGACAGUCGGCCCUUUGUGGACUAUAAUGCCUCCCACAUCCUGGAGGCGGUCAACGUGAACUGCUCCAAGCUGAUGAAGAGGAGGCUGCAGCAGGACAAGGUGCAGAUCACUGAGCUUCUUCAGCAUUCAGCCAAGAAGAAGUUGGAACUGCAAGGUCAGGAAGUGGUGGUGUAUGACCAGAGUUCGUCUGACCCCUCCUCUCUUUCGUCGGAGGCCUUCCUCAGCGUCUUAUUGGCUAAGCUAGAGAGGUGUUUUCCUUCCGUCCACCUGCUCUCAGGUGGGUUUGUAGAGUUCUCACAUCUGUUUCCGGGCCUGUGUGAGGGCAAGUCCACACUGGUGCCGUCCUGUAUCUCACAGCCCUGCCUCCCCAUCAACAGCAGUGGCCCCACUCGCAUUCUUCCCCACCUGUACCUGGGCUGCCAGAGGGACGUGCUUAACAGGGAUCUGAUGCAGCAAAAUGACAUUGCAUACGUCCUCAAUGCCAGUAACACGUGUCCCAAGCCUGACUUCAUUCUGGAGUCCCACUUCCUGCGUGUGCCGGUUAAUGACAGCUUUUGCGAGAAGAUACUUCCCUGGCUGGACAAAUCUGUGGAGUUCAUAGAGAAGGCAAAGGCUUGCAAUGCCCGAGUUUUAGUCCACUGCCUGGCAGGAAUUUCCCGAUCAGCGACCAUCGCCAUUGCCUAUAUAAUGAAGAGGAUGGAUAUGUCCUUAGAUGAGGCCUACAGGUUUGUAAAGGAGAAGAGGCCCACCAUCUCGCCCAAUUUCAACUUUCUUGGUCAGCUGCUAGACUUUGAGAAGAAGAUCAAGAGCCCUGAAAAAGUCGAGGCCCAGUGCAAAGAGGUGGAGCCGGCUGGAGAGCUCAGCCAGAAGGCAGAGAGUGAUGUUCCCGACACAGUCAGCACAGCUAAGGCCGAGACCUUGUCUGCAGUGUCCCCGCUAGAGCCCUUGACCCUUCCCUGUGUGCUGGUCGGGGUUCCAGAGGAGCAUCUGCUGGCUCAGGCUCUGUGCAGCCUGCAGCUGGGUGAAGGCCUGGAGGACAACAAUCGCCUGAAGCGGUCCUUCUCCUUGGAUAUAAAGUCAUAUGGGGAGCCGAGCACUGGAGCCAUUCUUCGGGAGGGUGGUGGAUAUGCGCCGGAUUAUUACAAAUCGUCUUCCUUCAAGGAUUCUGCAGCCAAGCCCUGCCAGUUCUCUCCAGUGCAGGAGGUUUCCGAGCAGUCAACUCCGGAGCAGAGUCCAGAUAAGGAGCAGGCAGACAGCCCAGCGACAGGAAAAUCAGACAGCACCAAUCUGCCCACCAAGCCCCAAGCCACAGCCUCCAAGCCCCCUCCUCUUUUGCCACCUGCUGUCCGCCCACAGCCUCUGCACAGGAGCGGCAGCAUGGAGGAAACUCCAAGCGCAGCCAGCUUCCUGCUGGGCCUGUCACGCUCGCAGCAGAAGCUGACCAAAGGCGGAACAUUGAAGGGCUGGCACUCAGACAUCCUCCUUGGUUCUAUGGCCGUCUCCUCGUCCUCGCUGAGUGGAGGAGGCUGGUACCUCUCCUCUGAGUCUGCACGCUUCUACUCCACUUCGGCCAUCUUCAGCAGUAGCAGCGGAGGUACCCAGGGCAGCUUUGCAGCAGCAUACAGCUGCAGCCAGGGGCUGGAGGCAGUGAGAAGGCGCGGGCGGCAGCGCAGUGGAGACCUUGGAGACUCGCGCCGCAGCUGGCAUGAGGAGAGCAGCUUUGAGAAGCAGCUAAAGCGGCGCAGCUGUCAAAUGGAGUUUGGCGAUGGCAUGACUGAGAGCCGAUCCAGGGAGGAACUGGUUAAAGUGGGCAGCCAGUCCAGCUUCUCCGGGAGCAUGGAGAUCAUUGAGGUGUCCUGAAAGCAGCAAUUCCACAUAUUUUAAAGCAGUGCUUGGGUAAAAUAUUAGACUUGCACAAUUUUGUCCAAUUGCAAGUGAUUAACAAAGACACGUUUGGUAUCCCAAGUUUGCUUCUUUAGUGUUGCAGUGGAGCUGAGAAAUAAUGGAAGUUGUAUGGUGGCAUAGCGUGGUUUCUGGUAAACGUCUGAUUGAAAUGUAGGUGUCAGGAUACCCAUUUCCAGCCAAGCUUUGGUGCAUUUUUUAUAAAAUAAUAGGAAUAUACCAAAAAAAAUAGUGUUGUAUAUAAUUGGGGAUGUUCAUCAAUGAUGAAUUAUUCAAUGUUUUAUAAUGCAUAAAAGGAUACUACAUUAAUCUAGAUCAGCAAUAAUAUUAAUGUAUAGGUGCUACACGUAGGGCUGGGCCAAAUGACCAUAUACAUAUCAUUAUCAUCAUGAAACACAAUCUGUGUCACAGUAUACCUUAUUGUGGGCAUUGUAAUAAAAAAUGCAUUAAAGCAUGAGAGCUAUCUGAUAUAUAAUUGAUCUGUCCAAUGGCAAUCAUUUAAUGAUGCUAUUUAUAUGUUAAUUGAUAUUUCAUAUUUGACACAUUUAACGUCACGUUUCAAGUCAUUUUAAAGUAAUUUAAACAAUUUUUAAUAAACAAAUACUACCAGGAACCACAUUAGCUGCAAGCUUCCAUUAGCAUCAUGUCUCCUGCUGUAAGCUUAAGAAAGCAGAGUGUUAUUUGGCUGAUUGCCUACAUUUGGACAAAGAGAAAAUUGAUUCUGAAAAAAUCAGAUUUUUUGGCAAAGCAUCACAUCAGACUCCACAGGUUUAUAUUCAGCUCCCUCAUCAUUAGAAGGAAGACUUGUUCUGUGUUAUCUGGCCAAAAUCUUUGUAGAUGUCUGGAUUGGACUAUAGUCAGCUAUGUAGCGGUGCUUUGUAGACUCUUUUACUGACAAAGAACAUUUUUUGUAAUUGCUAAAUUUGACAGGUAAGAACUUUCACAGAACGCAGCUGUGGAUCACUGAAUGUCAAAAUGCGGACAGUUGGUAUAUUUUUUUUGUUUUUGUUUGUUUUUAAUUUAGUUUGAUGUUAACUGAGCCUUUUUUUUUUUCUGUGGAUCAGUAUCGUUUAAAGACUGUUUUUCAUUUAUAUCGUGAUUAAUCCGAUAUCUCUGUCUGACUCCAGUACGCAAACUUGAGCCUGAAAUCGAAGCAUGAAUGAAGUUUAACUAGACUGAAGCCUUUUUUCUUUCAUUUUUUGGAGCUUCAUCAUGCUGAGGGUGUCUAGGUAGCAUUUAUCCAGUACCUCACAAAUCCAAAUUAAGGGCUUUUUCUCUCUUUUUCUAAGCAUUUGUUUGCUUUUUCUCUCAUGCGUAGCUUAUUGACAAUACAAAUCUCAGGACAGUUCAAAUCUUUUAAUUUGAGCAGCAAGAAAAGACAUUUUAAAGUCCCUUUUGACAGGUCAGCCUGGCUUUGUUGAGACAUGAGCUGAAAUUGCACACUACCUGGAUGAGAAGUCUGGACUGCUCAGAAGUCAGUUGGCAGAAUAUGGACCAGAAUCUCUAUAAGGCCUGGAGAAGGUGUUUCGGCUUGUUCCACAAAGCCGUUGGGUGGCAUUGCAAGUGUGGAGAAAAAGGAAGAGGCUGGAUCUCUUGUUUAAAGACAUGCACAGCUCGAUCUUGACUGGUAUCAUAUUGCUAGGAGUCGACACAGAAGCUCCUGUUUAAUGUGGAGGAAGAAUGCAUUCAGUACUCCACUCCUCUGCGCAGUCAAACGUUGCACUACUGUGGUCAGCUGGGUGUCAUCAACAGCUUUUUUUUAUUUGCAGUGACUCACAACACUUCAGCAUUGUUUUACUGGGUCACAUCACUGCGUAAUUCUGUUUGAGCGCAGAAGGUUGUGCGUGUUGAAGACGGGCAGUAAUGUGUGGGGUUGGGGUGAUUGCAGGUAUGUCAUUGUGUUUGGCCUGAAGAAGGAAAUGCCUUAAAUAAGUAGACACCCUGGAUGUUUAGCUCCUGCCCUAAACUGACACCUCUGAUCCAGGUAAUGAAGGACUUCAGGUCUAUCUGAAUAUUAGAGUCAGGUAUGUUGAUCUUUUCAGGGUGGCAGAUAUUCUGUACCAGGAUUUGACUCUUCGAUUUAUAGAAACCAGUUAUUCCAAACUUUAGACCAGGGCAACUUAAACUGAUUUCAAAGAGUAAUAAAUGAUAUGGUUCUCAUCA